AGACCCGGAUCUGUAGUUUGCACGAUCCAAAAGCCAGCAUGCUACACACGCGUCUCCCACCUCCAGUCGUCGCCCUCCCAUUUCCACGCGCCGCCGCCGUCCUCCCGCUUCCACGCGCCACCGCCGGUCCCCCGAACCACGCGCCGCCGCGGCUGGGCGCCUUAUCCCGGAUCCUCCACCUCCCACCGUGGCUCUUCGCCGCCACCACGGGAUCCCGGCAGCUCCCCCAAGCGCGCCGUGUGCGGUCGCCGGCACCCCACCGCGCGACGCCGGCGACAUCCCGCACCUCGCGCGCCGCCGCGAACUUACUCACGUGCUACCGCGAACCGUCGCCUCACUCCUGCGCCAACCCACACGUCUCACCGUGAGACACCGGCGGCCACCCCCAUGCCCCAAAGCGCGCCGCCACGAACUUCCCCCCGCGCCGCCUCGAACUGCUCCGUGCGCCGUCGCGAACCUCUGCCUCACUCCUGCGACAGGUCGCCCGACCCAACCGGGCGCCGCAGUCAACUAGCCGCUAGCCUUUCCUCCCGAUUGCCUUUCUCUCAGAUGGCAAGCACAUGCCUCCUCUACAUCUCUUCUUCCAUCGAGCGACUACCAUAUAGCGUUUACUUGGGGUCCAAAAGUAGCGCCCCGUUGCCUCUAACCUCCAGCCUUGACGAACUGCACAGACCGGGGACGCACGAGCGACCUCCUGCGAGAUUGGCCCCCGGUAGGCGACGAGCACAGCGAAGGAGCCCAGCGAGGGUGCCUCACCUCUGCUCAUGCGUAGCUCUGGUAGUGUGCCGGAGAGCGUCCCUCUGGACGCAGGUGACUUCAACUAUGCCCCCAAACUGUUUGUGUUUAUGUGUCAAAGGAGAAAGCUUUUAAAAAAGGAUGUUUAUCUCACCCCUGUGCAUGUCAUUUCAAUUCUUUUUGUAGAACAACAGUUUACAUAUUUGCAAAAUGGUUCACACUUUUUUCCAUUUCAUGUGGUGUUAAAUUUUAGCUUAAUGAGAUAAAAAUUCUGCACGGUUUGCUUCAGAAAGAUGCAAAAACAACAUGCACACUGAUUUCCCCUGUGUAUUCAUGUGUGCUUUACUUACCUAAUAAUGUUCAUGUUAGUACGUGCAAGUUGAAGCGCUAUGGAAGUGCUAAUGCUGAUAGUCCUAAAAUAAUGAUUUGCAGUGUAUAUUCCGAUUCAAGUGCCUUGUUCUUCCUAGCACACAUGGUGCUAUGUGUUAAUUUCCUAUGGGAGAAUAGCACGUACAAGAACUGUGUACUAGUGAUGAAACGGGGAUAAAGUCCUAAAAUAAUUAUGUUCCUUUUAUUCAGAUUUAAACGCACACAAGCGCUCAACUAACUGGUAUUUGUUAUAUUGUUUAUAAAUAUAAAUACACAACUUCUUGCUGUGCACUUGGUGUCACCCUGUUCUGGGCGUUUAUCACCUGACCCCUCCUCCUGUAUCAUACCUGCACAUUCCCUUGUGUUGUUGUAUGCAGUUCGGCUGCUCCCCAUACCUUAUGAUCCUAUGUGCUAAGGGUGCUACCUUUUUUGGUCCGCGGAGGUUGGAUGACGGUCCAGAUGCUGUACGCUGUUGCGAUCUCCUCCAUCGUGAAGGUCACACCACGUGCACCGUCCUCAGUCCAACCCCAUGGCAUCAGGAUGAUCGAGCUCGUCGCAAGUAGCAGUCCAUGGCUGCCAUCUUCCACUUUCCUCUGCCUAGGUCCUUUCCUAUGGAGGUGCAAGCUCGACAUGUAUUCUACUUCAGUUCAGUAUGUCAUUUCAGUUUAGUACGUCGGAGUAUCAUGUACCUCAGUUCAGUUCAGUACGAAAACAUUAGAGAAUCGACAGACAUAAUCAUGUCGCACAAGUGCAAGUAUAGGUUGCAGCAAAAACAAGAUGCACAAGUUCAUCUUUUGUAUGCUUUUCAGUACAUCUACUUCCCAAUCGCGCUUCCUCCUCCUCUCAGGACCCGACCCAACCACUGCCGCCAUGGCACGGCGCCUCCACCUCCCGGCGAAGGACUACCACCUCCCCGACGACGUGCCCAACCCCGACGAGGCCCGCUGGCCCUGGAGUUCCUGCCGCGACGCCUCGACCUCCUGUUCAGCCAUGGAUUCUUGCCAUCCACAACGCCAUCAGGAACACGAUUGGGCCGGGGGAGAAGGCAGAACCUCUAGGUGCAUGAUGGAAAAAAAUUGCAAGUUCUUGUUUAGAUGUUCAGGAUACCCUUCUCUCAUUUCAUAUAUGUUCAGGAUAGCAGGUGCAUGAUGGAAAAUUGUGUAUCAUGUAGUUCUUGUUUAGAUGUCGUGCAAGUUCAAAAAUUGUCGGUUUUGCCACUGGAGAGAACCCGUUGGUUGCAUUGUUUUUCCAGUGUGACGUCCCUUGGUAUGUUUGGAGUAUUGUUAUUGUUGCUUUGCAUGCGAAUGAAUUAGCUUGUCCUGCUAA